AUGAGACAAUCUUUUCUCCUUUCUCCUAAAGGACUGUCUCUGGCGCCUUCAACCUCUUCAAUCCUCGUCUCUGGGAAGCAAUUGACCAUUGGUACAGUGCAAGGACCCGAGGUCGGUGUCAACAAACCCAUGAAUCCGCGUGAACUCUGCGAUCUUCUCCAAGACACUGUUUACCAUGUGGAUCCACUUCAGAUGUCCCUUCAGCAGGAACUCAUCUUAUAUGUCGCUGCUCUGCUCAACAAGGACAGGUCACUCUUUAAGAAUAUUGCCAUCAUUCGAUUGGGUUGGUUCUUGGAAGCCAUGAAACUCCACUUGGAGGCGGAAGAAUCACGAGCAGCUGGAGACCAGGAAGAAGACUUAAAAAUCGAAACUCAAUCCCUUAACGAGGCCAAUGUUGCUGAAGCUCGCAGUCUUGGGGCCUGUCGAUUGCAGUCCCUCUCUCCUUCAAACCUGAAGAGUCUUCUCUACCGAACCCUCUGCUCCGACAAUCUUAUUCAUACCUCUUCUCGUGAUAGGCAAAAAAGGUGUAUGACUUCGGAAUCAAGAAAGGAAUCACCACCAUCGAAAGAGGAGACCAGGUCAUCGGUAGAUGUGUUAUACCAAAGACAACUGGAUGGAUGUUUGGGUCGUGUGCCGAACACCUUCUACGAAUCUGUCUACCAUAUUUUGGAGCGGUCUCCAUGUGGCAUUCUCGUUAUGAAUAAUCUACUGCAUCAGAAUCCAACCCUCACCGACAUGACUCCUCACGAUUUGAAUUUAGUAGGGGAAGUUGAGCGCCUUUUGCGAGGUAUCACCGAUCCCGCUUAUCGAUCUCUCUUUGUUGAGACGGUGAUGGUCAUCGCUGUGAUCUUGGAACGCAACCAAGAGCUCUCCUUCACUGAGGUUGUCGAUGUGCGUCUGGUCAUCCAAAAUGCCAUCAAGGACUUUGCAAUCACUCAUCGCAUUGCUAGUGACGAAGCAAAGGACACCAAACUAGCUGUUCCUAAGAAGCCGUCUCGGCGUCGUCUUUCCUGGCCGGAGAAUGUAGCGGUGACAGACAAUUGGGAGGCCUAUUCUCGUUUCGCUUCGACACCGGCCAACAUUCGUCUGGGCACCACCUCCUUCCUCGCCAAGGCCUCCAUCGCCUUGCUGCUUCAUGGUACCAUCAAUUUGUCCGAUGUCAGCAAGGAAGCCUGCUGUGUUUCCUAG